GCCAUCUUGGCCUCUGUGUGGAGGCGGUUCGCGCGGCGGCAGCGGCCUCACCGAGUCCCGCAGCCGGGCACAGGCCAGAACGCCGGCCCCGGACGCUGCGUGCCAGGCUGUCCCAGAGGAUUCCAGACUUGAGUUUUUAAAGGAGACUUACAAAGGGAAAUAGGAAUUCAUGAAGAAAAGAGUGGAAGAUUGGUUUUGAGGGGUGAGCAGGAGGUACCAGACUCGAUGAGUUUCCAUCGAAAUGUCGGAAAAGUCAAGCCAGAGCACAAAAGCAAAGGAUGGAAAAACAAAGUAUGCAACACUCAGUCUGUUUAAUACUUACAAGGGAAAGUCAUUGGAGACACAGAAAACCACAGUUGCCGCACGCCAUGGAUUACAAAGUCUUGGAAAAGUUGCCAUUUCACGGAGGAUGCCUCCCCCUGCUAACCUCCCGAGUCUCAAAGCAGAGAACAAAGGCAAUGAUCCUAAUGUAAUCAUUGUGCCUAAAGAUGGCACAGGAUGGGCUUCUAAACAAGAACAGCAUGAGGAAGAAAAACAACCAGAAGUGCCGCAAACACAGCCAAAACCUGUAGUUCCUGCUCCUCCAGAAGUAGCUCCUGUUGCCAAAUCAUGGGCCAGUACCAAGCAAGGUGGGCAAGGCGAUGGUCCAAGUGUCCCAGUAAACAGUUAUUUCCAGCAAGAGUUUCCCAGUCUGCAGGCAGCUGGGGAUCAGGAAAAGUCAGGGAAAGAGAAAGAUGCACCUGAAGAGCCCUAUGGACCUGGACCCAGUUUACGGCCACAAAAUGUUGCUAGUUGGAGAGAAGGUGGAGUUAAGAAUCUCAACACCCCAAAUUCUCCAACUGAUCAAGAAGUUAAGCCUCUUGGCCAAGAAGAUGGUAGUGUAACAGGACCAGUAGAACAGAAUGAUGUCCCCAAGGCAGCAGAGAAAAGGGAUAUUCGGGUAGCACAGCCACCUCAACCCAAGCUGAAUGGUCAGCAACAACCGGCUGUCUCUUCCCAGUACAAAGCAAUGAUGCCACCCUAUAUGUUUAAUCAAUAUCCUAGAAUGGCAUAUCCUGCAAUGCAGGGUCCCAGCAGGUUCCCUACUUCAUCUGAGGCUAGCAGAGGCCCACGGGGAAGAGGCCCCUCUUGGUGCUCAGAACCUGUCGAGCGUCCGUCCAUCCUUAGUGCUAGUGAACUCAAGGAACUGGAUAAAUUUGAUAAUCUGGACGCUGAAGCUGAUGAAGGCUGGGCUGGUGCUCAGAGUGAAGUAGAUUACACCGAGCAGUUGAACUUCAGCGAUGAUGAUGAGCAAGGAAGUAAUCAGAAAGAUAAAAGGGAAAGCAGUGAUGAACAAAUGCCUUCAAAAGACUCUGAGAGCCCUGAUGGACAGAAAGAAGCAGAAGAACGGUCUGGCAGUAAAUCCUCUACCCAGGCUCCUCCACAGUCACCAGGACCCAGAGGUCCCUAUGGCAAAAGCACUCAAUUUGACCAGGAGCGGGGUCUGACACCAGCACAGUCUUCUGUACAUGAGAGGGGCGGUUCUGCACUUCAUCCAAAAUCUAUUCCUCAACCGCCUCCACCUCCAGAUCGCCAGGCAGGACCUGGAAGACAGGGCCCCUUACCCCCUAAACUGGUACCAGAUGAAGAUGAAAUUUGGAAGCAAAGACGAAGACAACAAGCAGAAAUUUCAGCAGCAGUGGAGAGAGCCCGUAAACGGCGAGAGGAGGAGGAGCGAAGAAUGGAAGAACAAAGAAAAGCAGCUUGUGCCGAGAAGCUAAAACGGUUAAAUGAGAAAUUUGGCUGCGUGACCAAACCAUCCCGGGAAGACCCUCUGAAGGAGAGGGAAAGGGAGAGAGAGAAGGAGAGGGAAAGGGAGAGAGAGAAGGAGAGGGAGAGGGAAAGGGAAAAAGAAAAGGAGAGGGAACAGGAGAAGGAGAGAGAAGAGAGAGAAAAGGAGGAGAAAGCAAAGGAACAGGAGAAGGAGAGAGAAGAGAGAGAAAAGGAGGAGAAAGCAAAGGAACAGGAGAAGGAGAGAGAAGAGAGAGAAAAGGAGGAGAAAAAGAAAACAGAAGAGAAACCAGAGCCUGAGAAACCUGAGCCUCAAGAACCAGUGCUAGCACCUGUAAUAGAAAAACAAGAAGAAAGUGAAAACAGCAGUAAUAAGGAAGAGAAAGCAGAGGGACAGACAAUUUUUACCAGACAAGACAGUAGUCGGAAUGAAAAAGAGAGUUCACAGGUGGCUCAUGAAAGUGAGCCAGAUUCAGGGUCUCAGCCUAGACCUGCUGUUUCCUCAGGCUACUCUAAACAGUUUCAGAAGUCGCUGCCACCAAGAUUUCAGAGGCAACAGGAACAGAUGAAACAGCAACAGUGGCAGCAGCAGCAAGGGGUGCUUCCACAGUCUGCUCCAUCACAACCUUCCAGUGGUCCUGUCCCUCCUCCCCAGCAUAGACCCCUUUACCAGCCCAUGCAGCCACAUCCUCAGCAUUUAGCUUCUAUGGGCUUUGAUCCACGGUGGCUUAUGAUGCAGCCUUACAUGGACCCACGAAUGAUGUCAGGAAGGCCUACUAUUGAUAUGUCUCCUAUGCAUCCAGGAAUUAUGUCUCCCAAACCAUUAAUGAGAAGAGACCAGAUGGAAGGGUCAGGAACUGGUUCAGAUUCAUUCGAACAUAUUGCUCGAUCAGCAAGAGAACAUACUGUACCACUGUCAGAGCCCCGCAUGAUGUGGGGUUCAGAUCCUUAUCCCCAUACAGAACCUCAACAGGCUAGUGCUCCUCCUAAAGUGCUAGAAGAGCCUGAGGAUUUGAGGCCUGAAGCACAUUUGGAAGAAGAACAAAUUGCUGUUACCACUGCUUACCCUGUAGAACACAACCAGUUGGAUUCUCAACAAAAGACAGACUUUUUUAGAGAACCAAGUGAGGUGGAUGUACAAAAAUUCCCAAGCAGGACUUUGGAAGACGUACAGCCUCUCCAAACUGACAUGCCUAAUCCAGCAGUUAGCUUUGAAGUAGCUGAUGAGAACAUUGCACACAGCUCUCAGGAAGAGCUGGUACCCGGAGGAGAGAGUCAUUCUGUUUUGAAGAGAAGCAUUUCCCAUGGUUCAAGUCAUUCUCUAAAAUCAGAAGAGCAAAAGAAUGAGACAAUACCAAAUGUCCCUAAAGUAAGUAGUAGAUAUGCUGAGACAGCAGAAAGACCAGAGAUUAAGCCAAAAAAAGAAGGUUUCAUGAGUAAUAGAACAUCAGAGGGGCCAAAAUCUGAAAAACCUUUCAAGCCUAAAUCUGAAACCAGAUGGGGUCCCAGGCCAGGCUAUGGCAGACGAGAAGAAGGUAGUGAUAGACCAGUAAGAAGAUCUGGCCCUAUUAAAAAACCUGUUCUUCGAGAUAUGAAAGAAGAGCGUGAGCAGAGGGAAGAACGUGAGCAGAGGAAGGAAAGGGAAGGAGAAAAGCUGGCUAAUGAAAAAGCUGGCAAGUCUGAAAAGACAGAAAAGAAGGAGCAGGCACAGCUGUCACCUCCCCAGUCAGAGCCAGAAAAGUCCACGCCAGACAAUGCUUCUUUAGCUAAAAAGAUACCACAAGAUACGGCUCAGAUUUCAGAAAGUACAGAUAGCAGUCACCUUGAGGCUGCCAUUAAAUCUGCAGCCCAGCCGCCUUCACCUGCGGCCCAGCAGCCUUCAUCUGCAGUCCAGCCACCUUCACCUGUUCAGCAACCUACAGUUCAGCAGCCAUCACCUGCAGUCCAGCCACCACCUGUUCAGCAACCUGUUAACACAAUUAAGGAAGAAAAACAACCAGAGAGAGCUGCUGGCAAAGAACAUAUUGUAGAGAAACCUCGCCUAGAAACCAGGCCAGUAAAGAGAGAACCUGGUUUACCACCCAGAACGUACUGGAAAGAGGCUCGGGAUAGAGACUGGUUUCCAGAUCAGGGAUAUAGGGGCAGAGGCCGUGGAGAGUAUUAUUCUAGGGGUCGCAGCUACAGAGGUUCUUAUGGAGGACGAGGCCGGGGAGGUAGAGGCCAUAAUAGGGACUGUCCACAUUAUAGAGACACUAAGCCUAGGGCAGACCAUGUGCCUUUGGGGCCUCUUAGACAGAGAGAAGAAAGUGAAACUCGUAGUGAGAGUUCUGAUUUUGAAAUAGUCCCGAAACGGCGAAGACAGCGAGGUUCAGAAACUGAUUCUGACAGCGAAGUUCACGAAAGUGCUAGUGAUACUCUUCUUUCAGACAAAGACAGUUUAAGCAAAGGUAAACACCCAAAGAGAGAGGAGAGAGCUGAUGGCAAGAAACCUCCAAAGCCUCUGCUGUCUUUCAAACCUGAAAACAAUGUUAGAGUUGACAAUAGAUCCCUAGAGAAAACUUAUAUCCGGGACGAAGAGAAUAAACCAAAACCAGGAUUCCUUCCUAAAGGAGAACCUUCAAGACGUGGCAGAGGGGGAAUGUAUAGACGUGGUGGUAGGGAUCCAGGUGGGCGCCCUCCACGACCAUCUAUGUUAAGGAGGCCAGGCUAUAGAGACAGUCAGUGGAAUCCAAGGCAAACAGAUAUCAUUAAACCAGAAGAGGAGGAGCCACCAAGAAGACAUGAACACUAUGGUCCUGUGCCCAUUGAUAAGAGACCUCCAAAAUUUGAGAGGAAGUUUGAUCCAACUAGAGAGAGGCCUCGAAGGCAAAGGCCUGCACGACCACCAAGGCAAGAUAAACCACCACGCUUUAGACGUCUAAAAGAAAGGGAAGCUGCAUCAAAAAUAAAUGAAGCAGCAACUAGCUCAUCGACAAGUGCUACAGUUGUUAAUGCAGUUAAUGAAGCAUCCGGCACUGCUUUGGAUAUUUCGGGGAGUAAGACACCAGACUUGUCCAAUCAAAAUUCUUCAGACCAGGCAAAUGAAGAAUGGGAAACUGCCUCAGAAAGUAGUGACUUCAAUGAGAGGCGAGAGAGGGAUGAAAAAAAAAUAGCAGAUGUGACCACACAGAUAGUUGCCAAAGCAGGAGAAAAUGCCAUAGCUCCAAAGAGAGAAAUAUCUAAGCGAAGUUUCUCUAGUCAGCGGCCUGGAAUAGAUCGCCAGAAUCGCCGUGGCAACAGUGGGCCACCAAAGGCUGGAAGGAAUUUCUCAGGGCCUAGGAGUGAAAGGCGGAGUGGUCCUCCAUUAAGAAGUGGGAAACGAGGGCCAUUUGAAGACCAGGCAGGAAGCAUGACUGCUAUCGAUCCCACCAUCAGUAAUUCCUUGCAUCAAGAAGAAGGUGGUGGUAAUGCUGUAAUGCAAAAGACCUCCAAGGAUGCCAGUGGCAAAAAGAGGGAUGAGCCCAAACCAGGUCCAAAGAAACCCAAGGAGAAGGUGGAUGCUCUAUCCCAAUUUGACCUCAACAACUAUGCAAGUGUUGUGAUCAUUGAUGAUCAUCCUGAAGUGACAGUAAUUGAAGACUUUCCGUCUAACUUGAAUGAUGACGGCUUUACUGAAGUGGUAUCAAAGAAACAACAAAAACGUUUGCAAGAUGAGGAGCGCAGAAAGAAAGAAGAACAAACAGUGCAGGUUUGGACCAAAAAGAGUUCAGGUGAAAAAGGAAGAGGUCAGAAUUCCAAGCUUCCUCCCAGGUUUGCAAAAAAGCAGCAACAGCACGCGGCAGCAGCAGCAGCACAGCAAGUACAAGCUCAGGCACAAGUACAGGUACAGCCUCAGAGUGCAUCGCAGACUCCAAGCCAGCCACAGGCUUCAGUUCAGCCUCAAAACCAGACAACAGGAGGAACAGGCGGCACAGAAUAUACAGCAACAGGCAAAGCUCUGCAGAAUGCACAGUCCCAUCCUGCUCUAGGGGCUGAAUUAUGGGAAAAUAAAGUGGCAUCAACAACUGUUGUUAAUGACAUCUCCAAGAAAUUGGGACCCAUUAGUCCACCACAACCCCCUUCAGUCAGUGCAUGGAAUAAGCCUUUGACAUCAUUUGGAUCAGCUACAUCUCCAGAGGGAACAAAGUCUGGACAGGAAAGUGGAGUCGAGCUUGGAAUAGAAACAAUUCAAUUUGGAGCCCCAGCUUCUAGUGGUAGUGACAGUGAAGUUGGCCCUGUGCUUUCAGAGAAGCCCACUGACAAAAUACCUGAACCAAAAGAGCAAAGACAGAAGCAGCCUCGGGCAGGACCCAUCAAAGCACAAAAGCUUCCAGAUUUGAGUCCAAUAGAAAACAAAGAAUAUAAACCUGGUCCUAUUGGGAAAGAGCGUUCGCUAAAGAACAGAAAGGUGAAGGAUGCCCAGCAGGGAGAGCCCGAGGGACAGGAGAAGCCCAGUCCCACCGCUGUCAGGAGUCCAGACCCUGUUUCGACAAAAGAAACCAAAGCCGCAAAUGAACUGAGUACUGAAAUAGGAACAAUGAUCUCUGUCUCUGCUCCAGAGUUUGGAACAAAUACAAAGGACCAGAGCAUCCCAUUGAGGCCUAUCAGGGAGUCUGUGACAGACUACACUACACCUUCUUCUCAUCCUAACAGUGUGGCUGCUAGCAGUACAAAAAUGGAGGAGACUUUGGUGACUAAUGUGCCCCUGCCCCACACCCUUCCCCUCCCUAGGAGGGAGACUCUACAACAGAGCUCCAGCCUAACUCCAGUUUCUCCCGCUACCGUGGACCUCACCCUCAAGAUGGAGUCUGCACGUAAAGCAUGGGAGAAUUCUCCAAAUGUGGGGGAGAAGAGUUCUCCAAUAACCUCAACGGCAUCUCCCAUAACUGGAGGUAACAGUGGAAGCAGUAGCAGUAGCAGUGGACCAAGUAGUGGCACUUACAGCUCUUUCUCAAGUGCAUCAAUGCCUCCUAUUCCUGUGGCAUCAGUUACACCUACAACUUCAUUAUCAGGAGCUGGAACAUACACUACCUCUUCACUGAGUACAAAGUCUACAACCACUUCAGAUCCUCCUAAUAUCUGUAAAGUGAAACCACAGCAGUUGCAAACAAACAGCCUUGCUUCUGCUAGUCACUUCUCCCAGCUAAGCUGCAUGCCAUCCCUCAUUGCCCAGCAGCAGCAGAGUCCACAGGUCUAUGUGUCUCAGUCUGCAGCAGGUCCUGCAGCUCAGAUCCCAGCUUUCUACAUGGACACAAGCCACUUAUUCAGCACUCAACAUGCACGUCUGGCUCCACCUUCCCUGGCUCAACAGCAAGGUUUUCAACCAGGACUUUCUCAGCCCACUUCAGUUCAGCAGAUUCCCAUCCCCAUCUAUGCACCUCUACAAGGACAACACCAAGCCCAACUGAGUAUAGGAGCAGCACCUGCUGUUUCCCAAGCUCAGGAAUUGUUCAACUCCUCCUUACAACCAUAUAGAUCACAGCAAGCUUUUAUGCAAAGUGGUCUGUCUCAACCAUCGCCAGUAGUUCUGUCUGGCACAGCCUUACACAAUUUCCCAACAGUGCAGCACCAGGAACUUGCUAAGGCACAAUCGAGUCUUGCAUUUCAACAGACUUCUAACACUCAGCCUAUUCCCAUCUUGUAUGAACAUCAGCUUGGUCAAGCUUCAGGACUAGGAGGCUCUCAGCUCAUUGAUACUCAUCUUCUCCAGGCCAGAGCUACUCUCACCCAGGCUUCAAGUCUAUAUUCUGGACAAGUUCAACAGCCUGGCCAGAGCAAUUUCUAUAAUACAGCUCAGUCUCCCAGUGCUCUUCAGCAGGUAAACUAUGGCAUGGUGACUGUACCUUUACCAGGCUCACAGCUUUCUUUGCCCAACUUUGGAUCCACAGGACAGCCACUAAUUGCUCUACCCCAGUCCCUACAGCCUCCACUGCAGCACGCCCCACCACAGGCUCAGGCUCAGAAUCUGAGUAGGCCUGCACAAGUAAGCCAGCCUUUCAGAGGAUUGAUCCCUGCAGGAACUCAGCACAGCAUGAUUGCUGCUACUGGAAAGAUGUCAGAAAUGGAUCUUAAGGCCUUUGGAAGCAGCAUUGAUGUUAAACCAGGAACUCCACCAGUUACUGGUAGAAGUACCACUCCAACCUCCAGUCCUUUCCGGGCCGCUUCUACAAGUCCUAACAACCAGUCCAAUAAAAUGAACAGCAUUGUCUACCAGAAGCAGUUUCAGUCAGCAGCUGCUGCUGUGAGAAUGACACAGCCAUUUCCUGCACAAUUCGCACCCCAGAUUCUCUCUCAGCCUAACCUGAUCCCUCCAUUGGUAAGAGCCCCACAUACUAACACCUUCCCAGCGCCUGUUCAGAGGCCGCCAAUGGCACUGGCUAGUCAGAUGCCACCUCAGCUGACCACAGGCCUUAUGAGCCACCCUCGUUUACAGCAUGUGGCCAGAGGUCCUUGUGUAUCACUAUCUGGAGUCAGAGGCAAUCAGGCCCAGGCUACGAUGAAGGCUGAACAAGACAUAAAGGCGAAACAGAGAGCAGAGGUUCUUCAGUCCACACACAGGUUUUUUUCUGAGCAGCAACAACCGAGCAAACCAACAGGAGGCAAAGCUCAAAAAGUGGACGAAAGUGGAAGCAAACCUGCUGAGGCAAUGACGGAUUCCUCAGGGGUCUGCCAGGACAAAGUGGAGGAAAAGCCCACCCCUGCGCCUGCUGCCACCACAAAACCUGUUAGAACUGGACCAAUCAAACCUCAGGCAAUCAAGACAGAAGAAACAAAAUCUUAGACUGUGUUUCUAUGAAGCUGGGGGGCAGGGUGGGGUGAGAUAUGACAGCAGUGUGAACCCGUAGCCCGAAGGGCAAAACAAUAGUCUUCUAUCCCUUCAUGGCUCCAAACAGUAUAAAGGGAGAUAGACGCUACUGGCAUUGACAGACAUAAACAGCUGCAGGUCCAAUAAAGCUCGCAGUCUCUUUGGGCUUGCAGCUUCUCUAACAUAGCAUGAUGUCUGCCUUUGGUAGAGUGUAUGUGGGUAUAUUGACAUGUACAUCUGUAUGCCAUCCAGAUACAUAAUGGGAAAUAGCACAGCAGGGGAGAAGGUGGCUGAAGAGCUGGGAGGAUGAAUAUUCUUAUUCAUGCUCUGCUGUUCUUCAGCUGCUAUUUCAUCUUUUAUAAGCUGUCUCUCUCCAAUCAUGCAGUCUGAAGACAGACAGUGCUGGACAGAGUAAGGUGUGUUGUUUUUACUUCUUUAGUGACUUGAGAGGCUGCUGUUUUGCAAUAAAGAAAUGGGAAUAUAAUUGGCAAGUCACCUAGAGUAGCUUAUCCUUCACCACAUGGCAUCUAAAGUAAUAGAACACAAUUAGUGACAUUGACAUUGUGUCAAAUUUCCCUAAAAAGGCAGUGUUUGACUGCUGUUGCUUUUGUUUGAUAUGAUGAUGUAUUUAGCUCACGACAGUCAAGUGUCGCUUGGCACACACUCUACUCUACACCCAUACCCCCUCAAACAUUCACCCCUUGGAUUUAAAAGCCUAGUUGCAUUAAUAGUCAAAUGAGUUCUGUUCACUUCUGUUUGGCUAUCCUUGUAUGAAUCCAGUAGUCUUUAACCAGUUUCCAGCUUUUGUCUGUAUAGAGCAAUGAGCACUUAGAACUGUGCUGCUAGAUUAAAGAGAAACUAUCAGAGUAAAGAGAACCUUAUCUAAAAAGGUGCAUUCUUAUGUCAGAACUGCAUCGCACCACCUCCUUGCCCACUGUGUGCUGGAAAGUAGAAAUCAAGUCAAAUAAUGCCUUUUUAAUUGUAUCCUCUAUUAUUAUAGCUGUAGGACAGUACUGUAUGAUACUUCUGUGAAUGUAAGAUAUCCUGUACCUGCUUAUGAUAUGUAGUAGUGACUGUGCUAUACCAGAGCUGUUUUUAAUAAUGUUUUCUUCCAGACAAUGAUUGAGAAGCUAAUAAAAGGCACCAGGUACCACAUCAGUAACAGAAUUUGCUGUUUUUUUCUGGGAUUUUUUGUUUUUUUACUUUUUGGAAGGAAGUAUGCUGAAAGUCUAAUGUGUAUAAUUUUGUUCAGAUGACUGCAGAAGCUGGAAAGGCUGUUGCUGCUAUUGAUGCCUAGUGAAUCGCUAUUGGUUAUCUUUUUAUAUAAAUAUAUAUAUAAUUUGAAUUUUUGGAAACUUUAGCUGUGAUGUCAACUUUGGAAAAAAGUAUCCCACUUGUACUGUGAGUUGGCAUUGUACAGAAAUUAACAGCCAUAUUGGUCUAGAAAUGUUCAACUUAAUUUUUUUUCCAUUUGUACAGGGGUAAUACACUGUAUUAAAUAUGUAAGGUCUUAUUUACAUGGGUUUGAUUACAGAAACUAAUAAAGUAUUCUCUAAAUAAAAUA